AAAAGUUUUCUAAAAGCCAUUGUAUAAACAGUUUUGAGUAAUUAUUGUAUAUAUAUCACUUACUGCAUUGGAUUUCUUGUUUAUCAUGAGAAAUCCAGGUCAACUUUCUCCCACAAGAGUUUCCUCUGAAAUCUCCAAGUUUAGUCAAGAAAAGGGAAAAUAUGUAGUUUCUGAAAAUGUAGAUAAGAACAAUCUUUGGGCAUUAGAUGCAGGGAGGCUGGAUAAAGAUAAUAAAUUAAACAUAAAUUCUCUGAUGGUGAAAAAUGCAAAAAACACAUUAAUUGGAACAAAGCAUAUUAAUACAUUGGUAACUGACAAUGUCGCUGUGAUUUUUCCUUCAGAUAAUGGGUAUUUAAAUAAAGACUUGAAAAAUGCUAAAAUAUUUCCAGCUGAGUUAGAGUCUAAAAAUAAAUUUUAUCAAACGGGGUAUUUCAAGGUACUACUUGUGGUUUUUUCAUUGCUUAUUGUACUGUGCUUUGGUCUCGUCUUCUAUUUUUAUACAGAUACCUGGUCAGUGAAUGGUAAAAACUGUUACCAAUGUUCUAGAUAUGAAUCAAAUUUUGGUAUCGUCAAACCUACUGAAUGGGGUGCUAUCAGUAAUUUCUUAAACUAUUCUUGUUGUCCUUUACAAGUUGUCAAUUGGGUCAUUGUACAUACAUUAAAACAAGAACUUCCAUGCACAAACCUACAAGAAUGUUCAGCACAAGUGGAAAGUUACCAAUACUACUAUAACUCAAACUUCUCUAAGCGUGCUAGAACCAUCAUAAGAGAAAAUUUCAUUGUUGGAGGUGAUGAAAGAAUUUACAUUGGACGUGGGUGGGAGAGUGUACAGCGGGUAAAUAAUUUAAAGAUUGGAAUUCUUUUUGGAAAAGUUAAUAGUGUUAUUUCCAAAAAUCAGUUAUAUUUAAUCCAGCUUUUGAUAAAUAUUGGCCGGCGAUGUGGAAAAAUAACAAAUGACUUAAAAGUUACUUUACGGUGUAAGGGAUAUUGUGAAGAGAUCGCCAAAGCCCUGGACUUGGCUGAACGGGGGCUUUUUAAAGUAGACAAUUUGGAGAGAUUUGUGGAAGACUCAAUUGAUCUAAGUCGACGUUUGGGAGUGAGAGAGGGUCAACAGAGCUGUACACAAAUAGGCUGCAGUCUUCACUAUAACUCAACUUGUGUGCUAUGUCGUGCUUGAGUUAGUCCCAUCUCAGAUGGUAUACAUCCAAAGGGAUAAGAAAGAAAGUGGAACUGGCAGCUUUAUUCCAUGAAGAACGAAAUGUCAACCAGUGAUAAGGAAGAUUCCUCAUUGUGUGACUUGAACCCAUGUGCUAAUACAAUGGAAAUAAACUGUAUACACAUUGAUGGAGGAGAGGGAAACCACAUUGGCAACAAACACAUCAACAUUACUCGAACUAGAAAUGUCAACAUUAUAGUGCAUGAUCUAGAGAGUCAUUCCAAUAGUCCGGAGGCACAAAUUAUUAAAGAUAUUCAUAAAAACUUCAAGAAAGACAUGACUGAAGUGAAAUUAGUCGAGAGACGUAUUUGUGUGCUAUUUAAUACAUUAUUAUUUGGAAGUAUAAUUAUUUUUGCCCUUGGUGUAACUUUUAUUUUUUCAAUAACUAGCAAAGUUGAUGAAAAUGGCAAAAGUGAUGAAGAAGAAGUACUGAACAAGACAAGUAUUUGUAAUAGUAUUUGCAUUGUGGGAAGAGAUGAAUGGGGUUGGAUACCUGUACGAGACAAGGAGUAUUGUAUUCCACCUAAUGCCACAUAUGUGAGAGUAAACCUACUACAGAAAGCUUGUUCUAAUUUUAAUCAAUGUAGUCAUGUUAUUAAGAAUUUCCAAAGUACAAUCAUGUACACCGAUGAUGGUGUUGCUCUGGUCAAUAAGACCACUAAAUCUAACUUCAUCAUUGGUGGUGAUGAAAGAGUAUAUAUUGGUAGAGGUUGGGACUGUUCUGCUUUCAUUGAUUAUCUCUACAUAGAUAUAAUGUUUAGUAACUAUUUUUACACACUGACCAGAAUGCAUAUAUAUCUAGUCAUGCACAUUAUUAAUAAUGGGUUUCAGUGUGGUCAUAUAAGACCUGGGUUCAUAUUAGCUUUGAAAUGUGGUAACACUUGUUACUUCUACAAAGAUUUUGAAAGUGCUAUAGUAAUUGCGAAAAAAGAUGUUAAUUACUUCAAAAAUUAUGAAUCAUUUUUAAACUAUUCAAAACUUAUAAAUCCAAAUAUUUUGGGGAAUUCUAAUACUUGUAAAACUGUCAGUUCUGAAGUUUUAGUUUAUAAUGUUUGGCAGAAUGUAACAUUCAAAAUGUUGUACUGAUCAAAAUGAAAGGUA